AUGAUAUCGGCAUCCAAAACCAGAGCGACGCGGUCACGAUACUCGAGUCCUGCCCAGCCACAGCAGGGACCAGAAAAUGACAGCGCAAAGAGGAGCUCCAGUUCCAAGGAUGACAACAGCGGAUCGCGGACUCUUAUGCAGAGGUGGCUGGAACCUUCUGUGCAGAACAAGACGAGCGGCGAGCAGGCCGGACUCCAGCGCUAUGGCGUCCUGGGCAACAUGGCGCCUCUCGGAUCUAUGCCCAAGGGGAAGAAGCAGGAUAAGGAGAAUGGACACAGCUCUACGGUGCGAAAGAUCAUACUGAGGCCCUCGGCUAAGCCUUCGAGCGACUCGGCCCCUGCGCAGGAUUCAUCGCCGGCUCCCAACACGCCGGCCACCACGGGGGAUGACGCCGUGGUCGCGGCUGCAGCGAGCGGUGCUGCCCCAUCUUCAGCUACUUCCGCAGCUGCUGCAUGUGCUGCAUCUGCACCUGCACCGUCGGCACCCAACUCGUCACCCAUCACUCAACGUAACUCAUCCACUCGUCGUCCGUUACGCAAGUCGCUGCCAACUCACAACGACAACAUCACUAUCAACGGCAACAACAACAGCAACGAGGACGACGAGGAAUACGAUCCUGUAAAGUCCGCUUCACUGGCCAGGCCCAUGGGCCGCCCUGCACUCCCUAAGAGGGGGCGGCCGCCGUCAAGCGUGAGGCGGAACUCGAUCGUGUCGUCGACCAAGGUGUCUCCUGUCAAGAGGCGCCACUCAUCACCACCACCGCCGCAGCACCAUGCGCUUCUUCAUCAGCAGCAACCGGCGCCCUACGAGUCUCUCGGCCCUCGUUACGUCGAAAGAGCUGUUGCCGUAGCUGUGGAUGAGGCUGUUGCUCACAACCGCUAUCCUACAGCGUGGGCGCUCAGGAGUCUCUACGAUGAGCGGGUGGGCGACGCCAAAUUCAUCACCAUGCUAGAGCGUGUCUCUGCGCAGACUGCGGAUGCAUCAGAGGUCAAGUCAUUUUCCAAAAUGCUCGCGAAGAAGAAGCGUGAGGGGAGGCGGCACAACCACGGCCGGGACUACUUUGUCCCUCCAUCGGGUGACGGUCGCGUCGCUCCCCACCAGCCCAAAGCUGCGCCCUACGCGAAGCUCAUUCACCGCACAACCGUCGCCACAGACCCAACCGCUACCAACACAACACCAGCUGGUGACAGAAAUGACGGCGAGAUGCGUGCGACAAAAAAGAUUAAGAUCACGCAUCGCAGAAAGGACAGCAGUAACGAAAACCCACGCGAGAAGACGACGCCCCCAGCUUCAAAGUUCAAGGACACAGUCAGGGUCAAGGUCAAGACUUCGUCAUCUAGGAAGCGUGCACGCAGGGAGUCGGGAUCGAGCGACUCAUCCUUGUCACCUGUGGAGAAUCUAUCGUCACCUGAGCUGCCAGAAGACAGUGAACUGGUGACGGAUUCUGGACCGGGCAGCCCGUCGCUGCGAGGGGCGCCCAAGGUAGAAGCCAGAUCGAGAGCGAGGGCCGUGGAGGCCACCGCUGGGCCGCACCAGCCCCCAUCGCAAUCAGAGACCGGGCCAAUCACCACCCGCCGCAAAUCACUUGGCUCAACCAAGCAGUCGCGACACAGCAGGACGUCUGAAUCAAACUCUCCCACCACCCUUAGAUUUCCCAAAUCAUCAAUCACGACGAAUUCGCAGUCUCGUCAUCGCCAAACGCGUGCCGAUUUUUCGGGCGAUGAGCCUAGCAUGCCUGGAAGGCUUGCCACAUCAGUGGCGCCCGGCGACGACGGAAUUUCCCCUACGGACACGUCGGCAACCGCGACGGCUGCUCCUACUGCCACGGCCAAGAAGACCGGCACUACCACCACCGCCGCCACCAGGGUGACAACAACUCCAGACCAUGGAGUUGAUUUCUGGUCCAGGCGCAUGGAGGCCAGCAAGAUGACGGACAGCUACGCCGCCAACGAGAGUUCGGUUCGUGACAGUGAUGCGACUCGCGAGACCACGCCUUUGAGGUCUUCGCGGAGGACGCGACAGUCACUCAUGCCCUCUGCGAGCGCCCGGGCCACGCGCUCUGCCAGCAAGAGGACGAAUGAUGACGGUGACACGCUUGCAUCGCCGUGUGGGCGUUCAGUAUCCGCUCAGGGCGAAGGCAGCUCCAUUGCCGGCUCACGCGCAGUCACGCCGACCGCUACCUCCCUGAGGCCGAGCAAGAAGCAGAAGACUGGACUGCGUGUCAAGUCAUCGCCCGUUAAGAAGAAGGGAGGCACUGCUGCCGGUGUGCCUAGGGCUGUGGGUGAUGCCCUGCCAUUUUCCACCAACGGGGGUAAUCCCAAGGAUCAGAUGACCGAUAAUGACGAGUACUGCUCAGCCUGCGGAAACGCCGGUGACGUCGUCUGCUGCGAUGGCUGCCCCAGGUCAUUCCAUUUCGAAUGUGUUGACAUGGAUCCUUCAAAGGACCUGCCGGAUGAAUGGUAUUGUAACGAAUGCUUUGUGAAACGGUACCCUUCACGCGUCGAGGUCCAUAAGGGCGUCUUUGGCUCUGCUCUGAACAAUCUGGAGAAGAGCAUUCACCGUGCCUUUAGCCUACCGAAGAAGGUCCAGUACCGCUUCGAAGGCGUCAAGGUGGGUCCCGACGGGGACUAUGAGGAGGUCAACACGAAUAAGGGGGUCUCUACGAGGCGAAGGACCCAUGGCUAUGAGGAGGCCUUUGACUUCUUCAAGCAGCGCGAGGAUGGCGAGGCAGUCCUUUGCCACGGAUGCCAGAAGUCAGCUUCCGACACUCGCGCUAUCAUUCCCUGCAGUACCUGUCCGCUUCACUGGCAUAUCGACUGCCUCGAUCCGCCUCUGGCUGUGCCCCCGGUCCUCAAGACGUGGAAAUGUCCGGCACACAUGGAUGACCUUCUCCUAGAGGCGCACCCGCUCGGUCCGGCUCAUCGCUUCCGCAAGGUCAAGGGGUCGGCACCCGUCACCUCAGCCCUCGGUCGUGGCCUUAGGAAUAACGGUCACAUCGAGAUUGACUGGGGUUCCGAGCCCGAGGACAGCAACGACAGGUCUGGCUGGAGAGAUGUGACAUCGUUUGGCCGUACGUACAAGGUGCCGGUCAAGGGUGUCCGUCUCGACUUCAUCGAGAAGCUUCGCAGCCAAGGUGCAGGAUUUGCACCGCGCAAGGAUGAAUCUCAUAGGAGGGGGGAGCCGUAUCUGACCCCGCCCGUCGAGGACGUAGCGCAACCUCAAGCACAUAACUACCAAAUGGGCGGUGCAUUUGCGGAUGGCUGCAGAAACAUGGACGAGAUGCAGGCCUCUCUGGUACUGGCGAGCCUCAAUAAAACGCCGACCGACAACUUGCAGCUGCAGAAGCUCACAUCUGCUUUGCUGGCAUCGGCUGAACCUACAAUGAUUUCACUCAUUGCCCUCGGUGAUGCUAGCAACGUCUCGCGCGGGCAGCUAGCAGACAAUGACAAGGUCAGCCUCCGCGCACUCCUAGCGCAGAUGGACACGAUGAGCAGCACGAUCAGGAGCAUCCUCGGCGAAUCAUCCUUGGCUUCUUCUGGAUCGUUGCCCGUCGCAUCACGUGCGGCGGCGCUGGGACAGCCAGCGGAGGAGCGUGAAGCCAAGGCUGAGUCGGAGCCACUCGUGACAGAACCGACACCUCCGUCUACUAUCAUCGAUCACGAGGGAGCCAUGGUUUGCGAUUAG